CAUAACGAUCUCGUUCGCUCUACCGAGGCUCGAGGCACAAAUUAAGCUCACUAGUGUUAAGCAUCGAGUCAUGGCUGCCAAGGGCACCAUGAUUUCCCAUGUCCUCCUCAUGGUGCUGCUGCUCUCGUGCAGCUGCAUGAGCGGCGCGGCGAGGUUGCUGGAGGAGGCAGCGCCCAAGGAGGAGUACCCGCACCCUGCCGUGCCGGAGCUGCCAAAGCCCGAGCUGCCGCCGCACCCCACGGUGCCGGAGCUGCCGAAACCCGAGGUGCCGGCACACCCUGUCGUACCCGAGCUGCCGAAGCCUGAGCUGCCACCGCACCCUACGGUACCUGAGCUGCCGAAGCCUGAGGUGCCGGCGCACCCCGCCGUGCCGGAGCUGCCGAAGCCCGAGCUGCCUCCUCACCCCGCCGUUCCAGAGCUGCCGAAGCCCGAGCUGCCUCCUCACCCCGCCGUUCCAGAGCUGCCGAAGCCCGAGGUGCCGGAGCACCCCGUCGUGCCGGAGCUUCCGAAGCCUGAGCUGCCUCCUCACCCCUCGGUGCCAGAGCUGCCAAAGCCGGAGGUGCCCCACCCUGAGGUGCCAAAGCACGAGCUGCCACCGAAACCAGAGGGCCACUACCAGGUGCCAGAGACCAAACCAUGAUCGGACUGCAUGCAUCACUGUCUCUUCUGCCCAACAAUAAAUACGUUCUGUAUUUGUGUUUGUACUCCAAAUACAGUAUUAUCUCUUAUUGUAUUAUUGCAUUAGUAUAUAUUUGUCUGUGAUCAUGUUGGUCACAAGCUUGCUAGGAGUGUGUUACGUUUUAAUGUUUCUAUGUUGUGGUGCAUUGAUUUGUACAUUGCAGAUUUGCGUAUGUAUUGCUUUUUAUGUAUACUGUAUAUAUGUACAUGUGCAUGGGAUAUGUUUUUUUGAACAGUGUAUGGGAUAUGUUUGAU